AUGCUUGUUUCUCUAGACAAGGCUUGGCUCAAGUUACAGUUUCAUGAUGGUGACUACCAAUCGGUCAAGAAGCCUGAUGAGCUCGCAUUGGAGAUGAAAGAUCCGGAGGCCAAGAUCGACGAGGACGUGCUGGACCGUAUUCAAGGCUCUAUGAUGGGUAUGGCCUUGGGCGAUGCUCUUGGGGCUCACGUCGAAUUCCGGCCUCACAGCUUUCUAGCUGCCAAUCCGGUUAAAGAUCUUGAGGGUGGAGGAACGUGGGGUCUCCGGAAGGGUCAGAUGGACUAUCUCUCCGACACCAACGGGUUUGACGUGUAUUGUAGUGCAGAUGGCGUGGCUGGCAAUGGCGCUCUCAUGCGUCUAGCACCCGUCCCGCUCUUCUUUCAACAACACCCCGACAGAGCUGUGUUAUACUCGGGCAUCAGCGGUGCUGUUACCCAUGGUGAUCAAAAGGCCCGUGACGCAUGUCGGUAUUAUGGAGCUCUCAUUGUUGCUGCUGUUCAGGGCGAAACAAAGGAGAGCUUGAUUAAGAACACCUUUUAUGAUGAGCACAAGGCAUGGUUUGGCACUACAACUCUGCAUCAAGACAUUCAGAAGAUUGCCGAAGGAUCGUACAAACGACCCGGAGGUUAUGACGCGGGAAUUCGAGGCAAAGGUUACAUUGUCAAUGCUCUUGAAGCCGCACUGUGGGCUUUCUGCUACGAUGGGGGCUCGUUCGAGACGGGUGCACUGAAAGCUGUUAAUCUCGGCGAUGAUACCGAUACAACAGCAGCUAUAUAUGGACAAUUAGCUGGGGCUUGCUACGGCUACAAGAAUUUACCAGCGAAAUGGCUCGACCAUGUCUAUGCCAAGGAUUUCAUACAGUGUGUGAGCAAAUGGAUCGUUUAUGAAGGGGAAAGGUGGUCCAUGAAGGAGAAGACGCCGGAUGGAUCUCAAGUCGAUUUAAUUCCCACAUCUCCCGUAUUCAGUCAAGCAAACAUCAAGAAAGUCGAAGAAUAUUUGCUUCGACUUCCACCUCUGAUCAAAAAAUUAGAAAUGUCGCUUGACGACAUUGAAGGAUAUGUCAUUGAAAUACAUCUCAAACAGCAGUUAGGUGACAUGAAAACUGAAUUCUCAGCGCUGAAAAGUCGCUCCUCGAAGAAAAUGAAAGAAAUGCAGGAUUUGCUUGUUGAUAUUCGUCAAGGGAGAGUUCAGCAGAAAGCAAUCUCUGAAAAAUUAUCCGAAGACUUGAGAGACUCCAUCAGUGGUUUAAAUCACCGUCUAACACUUCUGAAAGAGAAAAAACGUUUGAUUGAAACUUUAGAAAAGCAAACCAUCGAAUAUUGGGACGUUGCCAAAUGGGACGUGCUACAUGACGACAAUGAUAGCACGGUUGAAGAGAAGCUCCUGAAAAACGAUCGAGCAAUACGUAUUCUUUGCACAAAUGAUCAGUUAAAAGAGGAAAAUUCAUCACAGUGGGAAGAUUUACGCUCUCAAUUAAUCACUGAGCGUACCGCGAAUCCCCGAUUGCGUCUCGUCUAUGCUGAUUUCUCCUAUUGCUCUCUCAAGCUCGACGAGACGAAAAUUAUUCCAUCGAUGACUAACAGUUCGAAAACACAUGUGCGAAAUUCGCUCACAUCACUAUCAGCACCAGAAUUAUGGCCCUGCUCUCAAUCACCGCGAUCGAACGACGAAAUAAUCAACGUUCUUCUUCUGGGUGGGCUGGGCGUUGGCAAGUCCACUUUUAUCAAUGCUUUUGCCAACUACAAUACAUUUAAUAGUCUCGAACAAGCUCAGUUGCACGGACCUGUCGUGCCUAUACCCGUUGCUCGCAUCCUCCCGAUGAACGACUAUGGUGAAGGGCAUAUCAUCAGAUUUGGCGGUUAUGACCCGAAUGAAGAUUACCGUAAUCCAGGCCAAUCUGUAACUCAGCAUUGUAGAUCAUAUAUCUUCAGCAUUGGUAAUAGAAUGAAGUUACGCAUGAUUGACACGCCGGGUAUUGGAGAUAAACGUGGUCCCAGUUAUGACGAACACAAUAUGCAACAUAUUUUGGCAUAUAUCAAGAGUCUUCGUUCCGAACAAGUGUCCGCUUUUUUAAAUUAUUUACGACAUGUGAGUGCAGGCUUCGCUCGUUUUCUUAUGCGUGACAUCAGCACACCGCGCACCGAUCCAUUCUUGUUUGGAAUCAAUCGGAUGAUCGAUGAAGAAAAUUAUAUUUGUGAAAAUAAGGAUUCGAGCGAUCUUAAUUCGAAGUUGCACGAUGAUCUCGAAAAGUUCAGAGAUGGCUAUCUACUGAAUAUGAACGUAACGAGCUAUUGGAAGCCUCCAAUUUUAUCGGAUGUCUGCGACUGCAUCGAGCAUGUGAGAGCCUUGCCCAUGGUCAGAGAGCAAAUGGAAGUUGUCAAAAAAAUGCAAGAGGUGUUUGUGCCGGAGAUGGAAUACCAUGUACCAAAAUACCCCUAG